GCGACACCCACGCGGCGUCUCUGAGACUAAGCGGAAAAGGCGGCCUGUCCGUUGCCUCUUCGGAUUGGGCUUUUGGCAACUGGGCGGGACCCUGGCUAGGGUAUAAGAUAGGAGCGCCACUGUCCCAGCUGCAGUGCUGAAGGUGGAACCCCAGCUGUGAUUUGGAGGUCACCAGCUGUGCUUCUGCAGUCAGAACCACCGAGACUGAAGAAGAAAAGGUAUACUUCUAUCCGUCGCGUUCCGGCACAGGCUAGGAGGAUGAGGCUUCUCGGUCGACUCCGCUCUUCCACUCCAGAGCCUGCCUUCUCCAACGUGCUCACCCCGGGCCGCAUCCCAGAGUUCUGCAUCCCCCCGCGGCUGUCUGUUCCGGACGCUCCGGAAUCACAGCUUCCAGCUGCCACACUGCCUUGGCGCUGCGCGGCCGAACCCGACCUAUGGCCGCGCGCCCCUGACUACUACGACAAAGAUGCUGACGAUCGCGCUGGCCGCACCGACUGGGACCCGCGCUCACAGGCCGCGCUUUCGCUGCCGCACCUGCCCCGCGCGCGCACCGCCUACGGCUUCUGUGCGCUGCUCGAGAGCCCGCACACGCGCCGGAAAGAGUCACUCUUCCACGGCCACCCUGGCGUCCCCGUGCCCCGGCCCGGGCUUCGCCAACGUUCCCACACCUACGCGGGAUCGUGCCGCGCCUCGGACUCUGUGCUCGUCGCCCCGCGCGAUCAGGACGCCGCUCCACCUCCGGCUCCUCUGCCAAGAAUGCGCCGUCUCCUGCGCGCCCCAGACGGGCUGCUGAGCCGCGCGCUGCGGGUCCCUCGCGGUCGGACCGGCGCGCGCCCCUCGUCCCGCGGCGACGAGCACCAGCGCGCCGCCUCUUGCGCGUCCCCGGCCGCCACCGACCCAGAUCCCCAGCGCCUGCAAGCCGAGGCCAACGUGCCUCUGGGCCGCGGGGCUUGCACGCUGCGCCUGGCCGCCGAGUACUCUCCACGCAGCGCCUGCCUCCGCCUCCGCCUGCUGCGCGCUGAGGGCCCCGCUGUCGCGCUCGAGCCCCGCAACGUGGGCUGUCGCCUCAGCCUGGUGCUGCGGCCGUCGUCGGGCCAGCAGCGCGCCAGUGUAGUCCGCCGCAGCCGCAAGGCCGCCCUGGACCAGGACUGCUGCUUCGACGGGCUCUCGGAGGAGCAGCUGCGCCGCCUGGCCGUGCGCAUCAAGGCGGAGAGCAAGGGCCGCGGGCUGGAGCGCGGGCGACCUCUAGGCCAGGGCGAGCUGCUGCUGGGCUCUCUGCUACUGCUCUGAGCCUGGCUUCCCUGGCGCCCUGGACACUGAAGGUCGCUUGGCUUUGAGGUGCACACAGACUUUUGGCCCUGCGACACUUGCAGCCUUCUUAGACUCUGGCAGUGGCUUGGCCCUGGGGCACAUACAGCCCCUCUCAGCUCUGGUACACUUUCCCUUUUGUAC